AAACAAUGACAUCACUUAACUAACCUGUCAACCAGUGUAAACAAUAAAAACUUAUUGCUGUUUGAGUUCACGUUAUUUAUUUCAAAUACUAUCAUAUAAAAUUGAGAAAACUAAUCAAGCUCUGUUGAAAUGCGCGUUACCAAUAUCAUCUUCAACUGGUUAACCGGUUAUGUAAUCGUACUGUGCUCAAUGACAUGUUGGGGGGCUGUUAUGCACAAGAACUUUCAUAGCCAUGACACGCUGAACUCCAAGUCCGAUGAAGGCAAACAUGCGACAAAUCGUGAAGAAUACCAGGCCCAUAUGAAUUCUGAUGAGCACAGAACCAACUUUGACCAUGAGGCAAUACUGGGCAGUGCCAAAAUUUCGGAGGAGUUUGAUGCGUUGCCCCCUGAACAAUCGAAGGAAAGACUGCAAGCUCUCUUGAAUGUCAUGGAUACAUCUAGGGAUAAAUUCAUUGAUAGGUCGGAAUUAAUACAAUGGAUCGUCCAUUCUUUCCAAAUGCUAUCAGCUGAAGAAGCCAAUGAGAAGUUUGACGAAACUGAUGAGAAUGAUGAUAAGCACAUAAGCUGGAAUGAAUAUAUUCUGGAAAGUUAUGGUUCGGAGGAGCUAUCGCUUCAAUCUAACUGGGCCGACAGCGAUGAAAAUAUUAGAAUUGAAUUUGAGCAAGAUCAAGAACUGUUUAGGGCUGUUGAUGCAAACAACGAUGGCCUGCUAAAUAGGCAGGAAUUUUCUAAAUUUACCAAUCCGGAAGAGCAUCAAGAUUUGUCGGCACUUUUACUCAAACAAAUUUUACGCAGCAAAGACACUGAUAAUGACGACGCACUCAAUUUCAAGGAAUUUCUAAGCGAGAAAGGGUCUCAGAUGAGCAAGGAAGCCUUGAUAUCCCAGAAAGAUGAGUUUGACGAAUAUGAUAUGAACAAGGACGGAAAAUUAACGGGAGAUGAAAUUAUCUAUUGGAUGUUUCCUCAAAAUGAAAAAAUCGCCGAAGAAGAAACGACUCAUCUAUUCGCGCAAUGCGACGACAAUCACGACGAUCUGUUAUCUUUUGACGAAAUCCUUGAUCAUCAUGAGAUUUUCGUGGGAAGUGAGGCAACCAACUAUGGGGAACAUUUGCAUAAUAUUCACGAAUUUACCGACGAAUUGUAAUAUAGGUAAAUUCCCAUUGGAUAGUGACAUUCAUUUUUCGGCCUCGGUCAGUAAGGUUUUCUACAUUUCCAAGUGUUUAUUUAUAUCUGAGUUCCUUUAUUUGGAAUGCGAAUAUGAGAAACCAAAUCUGAAAUGCCUCGAAGUCGUUUCUACUGGAUGUGCUUUCAAUUUUGUAUAACUUGUCUGAAUAACUUUUGUGCCAUUUUAGUAUGUAUUAAUUUAUUACUUCCCUAGUUUAAAGUAAAAAUGCCAAAAAUAAAACUUUUUUGAAGUUCA